UUUAGUUUACCAUUCGUAUUUAAUAACUCAAAUAUAAUUUAUCAUAUCAUAGGAUUACCUAUUUGUUUAAAUUGUUUUAUUUUAAUAUAUUAUUUUUUACAUAAUGAGUAAUUAUCCGAUGACGGCCAGUAAAACACCAUGCCAUAAGGGUACUAUGUACCUCGAGUUCAGUAAUUUGUUAAAAGAAAUAAGCCAUUACAUGCCGGAAUUUAAAGCAUCCAUUAAAGAUUUACAAGAACCUUCUCAAGCUUUUGUUACACAAUUCUACACCGACGUGUUUAACGAAUUCUUUUGUGACGUUAUGAAUUUGACCGAGAUUCCAUUCGACUCUAAUCUUACAUACCGCGAAAUGUACACCGAAACUGUGCCAAUUGUGAACACUUGUGCAGCUCUGAGAUUAAUGUUUUCAAAACUGGGCAUAGAUGAUUUUGGAGUAAACGAUAUUUGUGAUCCUAAUCCAAAAAGAACUUAUCGACUAAUACAAACUAUGAUAAGUUUUAUAAAAUACAGCGAUGAAAAAAUUAAUCAAAUUUCUGAUAAUAUGAAAGCAAUUAGAACAAUGAAAAUAAAGAAAAGCCAUUUAAAAGAUCAAAAAGAAUAUCUGAUCAAGUCUAUCAAUCAGAAAAAGUUAUUAUUUCAACAGCUUGAUGGAGAAAUGGUGACAAUUAAAGGGGAAUUGCAAACUGGGAAAUCAGAACUGGAACAGUUGCUCCAGCAUAAAGCACGGACUUUGAAGGAAAUGGAUGCAGUUAAGCAAAAACAAGAGACGACAGAAAAACAAGUUAAAAUAUUAGCCGAUCAAAAGCAUUGUUUAACAAAGGAAAUUCGCAAAUACCGAGAAAAUAUUGUCGAACAGCCAGAUUUAUUAAAAGCCGACCUUGAACAAUUAAAGCGUACAAAGAUGGAAAUUGAAGAGAAGAAGAAGUGUGUCUUAGCUCAAGUCAGCUCGAUAAAACAAACAUUAAUACUUAUGAAAACCGAAUUAGCCGCUCAACAGAAUCGGCAUCGCUUGUUAACCGACCACACCGAACAAAUUCAAAUUAUUGCAAAUAUGGAAAAUGAAGUAGACAGUAUGAUGCAAAACAUUGAUGAAUAUCUAACGUCGAAUGAAAAGCUAAGAGAAAGAAUUGAGAAAGCAGAACGGGAUCACAUCGCAGACUGUCAAAAACUGUCAAUUCAAAAUGAUAGAAUUGAAAACGAAUAUAAGAAAGUCAUGGAUAAAUUCGAUAUUUUACAAAAUGAACGAGAUGAAAAGUUAAUGAAAAGUAAACAAAUUGAAGAUGUAAAAAUGUUGAUAAAUAAAGAAUUGUCAAAUUUGAAGUCCCUGGAACAACAGUUGAAAGAUAAUGUCGCUGAAAUUGUUGAGGAUUACUUGAAAGUUAAGAAUAGCCUUACUCAACGUCAAACGCUUUACCAAGAAAGUGUUUUAAAAAAAAUCGAAGAACUAAAGAUUUCGGAUGAGUGAUUGUUUAACACAAAACAUAUAAUGUAUGAACAGAAAUGUCAUUACAAUUUCACUUUUUAUAUCAUGUAACUUAUAAACUUAUUAGGUUGAAGAUUAUUUAUAAUCAAUGAAUUAAUUUUGCACAAAUUGCACUCGUUGUAGAGUCAUUUAAUAUUGUAUGUAGGUACUUUAGUUAAUUCUUUAAUUUUAAUUUUAUACUCGUAUUUCUAUAUUUUCUAUUAGAGUAAAUUAUACUAUUUAUCUUAAUAAAAUUGAUAUAAUAAAAAAAAAAAACUUUAUGGAGUCAAGUGAGGAUAGCGAGGACGGAAUAAAUUAUGUCACGAUAGGUUACAGAUCUACAGGAAUAGUUUUAAACUAACUGAAUGUGAUCAAUCACAUUUCAAAUAUGCACUUGCAACAUGCGAAUAAUGGUAGAAUGGUAAAAAUACAAAAAUCAAUAAAAUCAUUGUAAAAAAUAUAAUGUACACGUACUGUUGUAUAAUGACAAUAUACACAUGUAUUUUGUUUAAUAUGAUGAGAUCAAAUGUUUGUUAAUACCCACGCGAUAGUUUUAAAAAGCACAUAUAGCUUAUAUUGUUGUUUUUGUCCCAAACGCAGUUGACCACCGCCCAUACCAUUAAAUAUUAAUCAAUAAAGCGUGUCCUCUUAUACAAAUUACAACAUUAAAAUUUACCAUGAGAUAAGAUUAUAUAUGAGCUAUGCUUACUACAAUAAUAUUUUAUUAAGAGGCAAGUGGUACACACUUGCAAUUUAUCCACGAAAAAUGGUUUUGCGGGGGAGAAGUAUGCGAGAGCUUAUAGGCUUACCGUCU